CGCGCUGACGCCCUCACUCGACCCACCGCGCCCUGGGCGCACCGGCGGGUCCCUGGUGACUGCAGCGACCAGCGACCAGCGACCCGCGGAUGCUCAACGCGUGCCAGAAGCUGUCGCCUCACAGGGGCUGCCGGGCCGUCGGGGAGCCAGGAGCACCAGACUGCCCAGAUGCGGGCGCCACUCUGCCUGCUGCUGCUCCUCGCCCACGCAGUGGACAUGCUCGCCCUGUACCGAAGGAAGAAGCAAGCAGGCACUGGUCUGGGGGGCAACUGCACAGGCUGUGUCAUAUGCUCGGAGGAGAAUGGCUGCUCCACCUGCCAGCAAAGGCUUUUCCUCUUCAUCCGCCGGGAAGGUAUCCGUCAGUACGGCAAGUGUGUGCAUGACUGUCCCCUUGGCUUCUUCGGAAUCCGUGGCCAGGAGGCCAACAGGUGCAAAAAAUGCGGGGCCACAUGCGAGAGCUGUUUCAGCCAGGACUUCUGUAUCCGCUGCAAAAGGCGGUUUCACCUCUACAAAGGGAAGUGUCUGCCCACCUGUCCGCCAGGCACCUUGACCCACCAGAGUACCCGGGAGUGCCAGGAGGAGUGCGAGCCGAGCCCUUGGGGCAGCUGGAGCCCCUGCAUACACAAUGGGAAGACCUGUGGCUCAGGCUGGGGCCUAGAGACCCGGGUGCGGGAGGCUGGCCCAGCCAAGCAGGAAGAGAUGGCAAGUUGCCGAGUGAUAUCUGAGUCCAGGAAAUGUCCUAUAAAGAGGCCCUGCCCAGGAGAAAGAAAUCCCAGGCAGAAGAACCGGAAGGAUCGGCGCCAGCGCAAGGACAGGAAGUUGGAGCGCAGGCUGCACCAGCAUGGCUCCCAGUGACCAUCUCAAGCUCUGGCCUCUGCCUUUGGCUUGCUGCACUUCCACUGUGGGCUCCUUCCUUCUCCCCUGCCCCGCUCUUUCUCCACAUCCUUCCCUCUUUCUGUCGGCUACUUUUCCCAUCUGCCCGGUCUUUGCGUUAUAUUUUAUCGAUCUCCCUUUUCCUCUCCCCGUCACUUCCUUCUUCACAUCCUUAUUUCUUCUUUGGAACUUCCCUUCUCUCCGUAUACGUUUUUCUUCAUUUCCUUCUGUUUUCCUUUCUGCUCUUCACUGUCCAUAUCAGACAUAAGAGACUGAGCUUGUGUCCCCCGUGUGGCUCUCUGCACCUCAAAACAAACUUUUUCUUCUAGAUCUUUUUGUGACUCUGUCCUGACUCCGUCUUUGCAAAGCUACAAUUUAGGAGGUAUAGGUUUGGGUGCAACUUGACAAGUCCUGAGAGCUCUGCUUCUAGCCAGAGAGACCCUGCAGCUGGAGUUAAGAACUGCUCACCAGGCCAGUCCCUCAAGGCCGAUUCUACAGCAUUCAGCCAUUGCCUCUUCGAUGAGGCCACCAGAGACAGGUUCUGGAACCUCCGAGGGCCCGGCCUGAACCCCUUAUCCAGGAUGGUGGCAUAGGAGCCACUAGGGGUCCUUUGGCUAGACAGUGGCCUCGGGCCCACCACCACACCCCCUUGGAAGUGCCUGCAACACCCGCUCUGAUCACCCUCCCACCGCUCCACCCACACCUCCUACCCCACCCCCACCCCACUCUGCUCUCCCUAUCGUAGUGCCACGACCUUGCAACAACUGACCAGCCUCCCAAGGCCUUUGGAGACCCAAGCACAGGAUCAGAUGGCACUGUGAUUCCUGUUAUUCAAUAAUCCCGAAGGCUACUGAAGCUAAAUGGAACUUAAGAGGUGGUCGCGCCCACCCCAUUCACCACCCUGCUACCUUACGGCCCAUCGUCCCCAUAGAGACUGACGUCUAAGGAAGUGAUGGGUACUCUGUCUUCGGUCCGCACAUCACGUCUAUGAAGAAGUUCAAGUGUGUUUGGGGAGUAGAGAGGAUUGCUGGGUUAGCAGUUGGGAUGGCCUCCCACUUACCCACCCUCCACGUGGAUACCCUGAGUGUUUUCUUUUACUGUGAUGCCCCCAACUCCAGGCAGGAAGGAUACUGGGAGGAGCCUUCAGGUAAAACAAACCAAAUGGCAAGUCUGUCCUCACCCUGCCAUUGGCCAAUGAGCUGCCAUUGUUGCUGGGAGGAGUCUGGGCAUUAGGACCAGAGACAGCUGGGGAGGAUGUGGUAUAGGCAAGGGAGAAGCUCCAUGUGAUAUAAUGUCACUCUCUCACACAGUGACCUGCACAGCCACCCUACACUUGGCAGGUGGGGGUCCCCACCACCACUGCUGACCCUGUAGCUGUGCUCCUCGUUGGCGCCCCACGAGAACAUCUGGAUACCCAGCUUGUCAGGCCAGGGGCCCAGGUUUCUGCAGAAGUUCGCACCUCUGAAAUGCUUCCCUGUUGUUUUGAGACUCCCAGCUACUUUUUAAAGAAAGAUAAAAUGAAAGAAACUUGUGAAGACUUCUUGGGCAUCAGAUAGUGUUAGGAACCACCAUGCCCAGAGGUUCACAAUGGUGGACUUCCCGGGGCAGCUUCUGCAGAGUGUUCUGGCUGAGAGUAGCCAAGGUUCAUGGGGACUGACUGAGAACAGACAGGGUUCCUGCUGGAGUGCUGACCAGUUCCUCCUAAGAAGGAGGCUUUCAGGAGCUCCAUCAUUAAAGUGCUUGCUUUGCAAGCAAAGGACCUGAGUUUGACCCCCAGCACCCACAUGAAAAAGCCAGAUAUAGUGGCAUGCCCUUGUGUCUCAGCACUGGGGAGGUAGAGACACAGAUGCCUGGGCCUUGCUGGCCAGUCGGCCUGCCCCAAGGGGCAAGAUCCAGGCCAGUAAAGAGCCUUGUUUCAAAAAAUGUUAGCCAGCACUGAGCGACACCUGAGUUAUCCUCUGGCCUCUAUACACUUGUACAGAACACAUACACAUGCAUGUGCACACACACGCACAUAUACAGAGAGAGGGAAGGAGGGAGGGAGGGAGGGAGGGAGAGAGAGAGAGAGAGAGAGAGAGAGAGAGAGAGAGAGAGAACACUUGAGCUUUAGCCAGAUGCAAAAGUCAGAAACUCUUAGACUCCUGAAUUAGAUAGAGCCCAGGCCUCAACUUGUGAAGCACGGUCUCAUUGACUCAUGGGAAUAACCUGGGCUUCUGGUGACCUGAUGUAAACCCAGCCUGUGAGCAGUUAGCUGGGAGUCUGCGCCUGCGCCUGUUCUGGACUUCUGUUUUACCUUGUGAUGGAUGAGGAAGAGACAAGGCUGGUCUGGCUCCAUUGUAUGCAUCUGGAAGGUUCUGCACUGUGCUGGGCUUUAAGGGAGUUUCACAGCUUCAGAUUUCAGGGUCCCACCCAGACUUAUACAUUAUGAACAAGCUGAGAAAUGACUAAGAAGAACUUAUUCUAGAAUAAGUUGGGGGGAAGGGCACCUAGGUUUCCAGGAUUUGGAUUAAGGACCACAGCACGAGCUCUGACCGCAGAGCUCAAAGGUCUGAGUCUGGAUAGAUGGGAAAUCCAGGUAUGUUCUGUCUGGAGUUUCCCGCUAAGUUCAAACCCUAUGAUACUGGAGGCUCUAAAUUCCAUAGUUGUUACAGGGCAAGAGUGGAAGGUCUUGGGCCUGCAAUUAUCUAGCUAUGCUCUCCCUUGUGAGGUGAGGGACCUGAUACCUGAUACUCUUUUCCUAACCCAGGGCUCUGGAUAUUUUUUAAAUAUUUUUUAAUGUUUUAAAGUUUAAAAAAUUCUCCCAGAGCCCUCACUGUAACCUAAGGCUUCAGAUAAGCCUUCAUGCUACAUCUCUCCCACCCUCCUGGUAAGAAAAGAUCCAGGCCCAGACAAUGCAAGGAACAUUCAGAGAUGUCCUACAGCUGGCUGGAGUCAUGGAGUCGUUGUUUGGUCCCUUGAUAAUGUUCUAGUGACUGACAAUGUCGCUUUGCCCUUCCUACUCCGUUCCUGCAAGGCUGUACCAGUCUUCAGAGUCACCCCUCCCAUCUCAACCCAAUCCUUCACCUUGGGCUGCCUGGUGUUCCCAUAUACAGCCACUAGAGGGUGUCGCUCAAUCAGUAACUGCCAGCCUGGUCGUUGCCCACUCUCUUCAAUUUGGGGACAUAUUGUAGUCCUGGGGUGGGGGGAUAGGGAGAGCAGUGACUUCAGUGAAAUGGCCUUCACUGCAGCACACAAUGUCUAGGUCCCAAGCCAUUCCAAGCCCAGAACAGAAACCUGACUCAGAAGACAAGAGUUCAACAUUCCAGGAGAGCCAUGAAUGACCUGCAGACACCAGCCCCCAGGCAACAGUGAACACUCCAGAUAAUUUUAAGACGGUUUCAUUCAUCCCGUGGGACCCUUCUGACUUGGGAAUGUGUAUAUUCUAAAAAUAAAAACGAUAGUGAUGGUGGA